AUGGCGUCUGAAUUACAUAAAUUAAGCUACUGGGAAAAGAUAUAUACAAAUGAAAAGGAUAACUACAAAGAAUUAAAUAUAGAAUUAGAAGAAUGGUUUGAAGAAAAUUGUGAUAAAAUAAUUAAUUGGAUUGAUAAUAAUUUUAAAGAAAAUAAAAAUAUAUCUAUACUUGAUAUAGGAUCAGGUAAUGGACUAUUUUUACAUAAAUUAUAUAAAAAAGGGUUUGUAAAUUUAUAUGGUUUUGAUUUUUCAAAAACAGCCAUUGAUUUAGCUAGAUCAUUUUUUGAAGAUAAUGAUAUGAACAAUAUUUAUGUACAGGUUUUAGAUAUAUGUAAUAUUAGAACAGAAUUAAAUUUGCCUGACUCAAAGUUAGCAAGAACUUAUGACCUAUUAAAUGAUAAAGGAACCUUUGAUAUAUUUUUCAUGAAUAAUAAACAAACCGAAUAUUUUCAACAAGUCUCUUUUUUUUUUAAAGUAAAUACGCUUUUUUCGAUAACCUCAUGUAAUUGCUGUAAAGAAGAAUUAUUAGAAAUUGUUAAUUCCUUUAAUCAAAAUAGUUCAAAAAUAAAAUUAUCUGUUAUUGAUGAAAUUUUAUAUGAAACCAUAACAUUUGGGGGUAAAACUGGCCAAACAAUUACUACCUUAAUAUUUAAGUGUUCAUAG